CGGUAACUCAGGAAAUGCAGACUAUGCGGAAGUGAUUUUUGUUGUCACAAUGGGCAGAGACCGUUUACAUACUGUCUAUGGCAGAGACCACACAGGUCAAUAAAUGAUAAGACAAUGGAUUCAAAGGACUAAGAGGGCGAGUAAACAUAGCAGCUGGCUCUCUUAAACCCACCGCACCCUCAGCUGAGGACAUUGGUGUUCGGAGCGUGGCUGCUGGGUUACGUCGCCUUUCUGCUCGCCAUCAGGAGGAUGUGGACGGGGAAGUACGUCCGCAGUCCCCUCGUGCGCUCCCUGUUUAUGAACAUGGUGAGCGAGAACGACGCUGCGGAGACCCAAGAGUGGUACCAGUGCGGUCCUGAGCUGCUGGGAGAAUCAGUGCGACCCGUGUUUGUCCAGAGCCACCUGGACUCAGGCACCAAGGCUUUUCUCAAGCGGAGCGUGGAGAAGUCUGGUUGGCUGUUCACCCAGCUCUACCACUCUUUUGCAUCAACAGUCCUAAGCCCACUGGUCUCACGCACCUCCAUUAAUGGGUUUCUAGGUCGCGGUUCUAUGUUUGUGUUUUCUGAGGAGCAGUUCCAGAGGCUACUCGGCAUCAGCCCGGAUUGGAGGGCUGACAGACUCCUGGACCUCGGCGCUGGGGAUGGAGGGGUCACAGAGGUGAUGGGAGCCCAUUUCAGAGAUGUGUAUGCAACUGAGGUCUCAUUACCCAUGAGAUGGCAUCUUCAGAGGAGGAAUUACAAGCUGCUGGGUAUAGAUGAGUGGCAGCAGGCUGGUUUCCAGUACGAUGUGGUCAGCUGUCUGAACCUGCUGGACCGCUGUGACGAUCCUCUGCAUCUCCUGCGGGACAUCAGACAAUCGCUCGUUCCCAACACAGGGAGACUCAUCCUGGCUGCAGUACUUCCCUUCCAGCCGUAUGUGGAAGUCGGAGGAAGAUGGCAGCGUCCCAAAGAACAUAUAAAAGUAAAAGGAAAAACGUGGGAGGAGCAAGUGACCAACCUGUCCAAUGAGGUUUUCCAAAGGGCGGGGUUUGAGGUGCAGGCUGUGACCCGGUUGCCAUACCUCUGUGAAGGGGACAUGUAUAACGAUUACUACGUCCUAGACGAUGCUGUUUUUGUCCUCAAGGCCUCAGAGGAUAACUCUGCCUGAGUUCCAAAUGCACUGUGGGAACGUCAGAGGCUUUUUUUUUUUCUUUAUCUUGGUAGGUUGUUCCUGGGUGGAUUUUAAACCCAAUUUUCAUAAUCACCAUUCAUAAAACACAGUAUUUCUGACUGUAUUUCUUUAGAAAUUGUGUCAGCUGUGAAGCUCAGGUACUGUAUUUCCUCCAUUUUCCAGCCAUCUUGUGUGACGGUGAUACCUCUACUUUUUAAGCAAAAAAUAACUGAAUGGCAUGUUUGCCUAUGUUGAAAUGCCACUAAAAAUCAAAUCAUCUAGGUCAUAUCGCCAUCCUUUAGGUGUUUGUUCUUUAAAGUCUGUUAUCUGUGGGAAGUGUUUACUGUUUCAUCAUUCUGUAAUAUCAACUGGAAUAAUCAUGGUUGAGUUAGCACUUUAAUUAUUUCAGUUUCUAAUGCAAAGUAUCAGUGUAUGCACAUACUUGAUUCAACCAUUCUGAAUUUGGCCUUUUGUAUUUUAAUGACAAUUUUUCUUUUUUUUUUACUUUCCAUUAGUUAUAACCAAAAUAAAAUGAGGCCUUCUUAAAGCGAGCCUAUGUGUGUAUUACCGAAUAAUGUUUAAAGCUGCUCUGCAGUGUUUUAACUUCACCUUUUAGUAUUGGCUCAACUCGCUUGGAACCUCAGUGGUAACAAUGCUGAAAAAGUGUAACCGUAGAACAAGGAGAAAAAAGCCGUAAAGCUGCCAAACUGACUGUCAGUUACACAGCUAACCAAUGUUAGCCACCACAAGCUACUGCUAGCACUGUAGCAGCAAAACCCCUGAGUGUAUUGAAUUAAGCAAAUUUGUGUUUUAUUACUUUGAAAUUCAACUUUUUAGGGGGAGACGUAAUUAUUUAGUCUUUUAAAAGUUACAUGGUCUCGCUUUACAUCAGUGCUGCACAACGGACUAUUAAAAAGGUGCCACAAUUAUUGCAAUAUUUGCAUUGAAAGUGUAUUAUAUGGGUUCCAGAAUAAAAAAAGAAUUACAUAAUUUUCUGCA